AUGAAGGUAAGUAAGUAGAAGUGGCUACGACAGUGUUUAUUCUGAAAGUGGACGAAAAAGAGAGAUUAGAUGGAAUUGGAGACGGAGGAGAGGAGGGAAAAUGGGCGGGGCGUAGGAGGGUGAUUAGCGACGACGUCUGCAGGAGUUUCCCGAGGAGAGUGAAAGUUUCGUGUCUUUUCAAUGAUAGCCGUCCGCUUCAAUGCAACGUGGCUGAAAAGAGUGAGAAGAAGACGGAUCAUCCCUCCGCUUUCAAUAAUCUUUCCUCUUAAAAAUUUCCCUCAUAGACUUUCCAUUUUUAUCCUCUUCUCAUAUCUCUUUUUCCGUUCUCCUGAAAUGCGAAUGACCAUGACGUCGCCACACUGAAAAACGGAAGAUACAGUCCGUUUUUCACUCUCAUUUCUCUUCGCUUUCUCGUCAUGUAUGUCCACAGUUGGCUGGUUUUUAUUUUUAUGAUCGAGAGUCGUCGCCCACAUAUUUUUUCCAUUCAUUUUUAAUGCAUUGUGUCAACUGCAACAAUGUAGAUCGUCCGCGUUCAAAAGAAAUGGUUCUCUUUUGAUAAAAUUGCUCAAAAAUUGACACGCUAGUUUUUAAAAAGCGUGACUCCAAUCCACGAAAUGUCCUUCCCCGAGCGCUCCCGUCCUGUGCCGUGUUGCUUUUCGGUGAGAAUAUUUCCGUGUUUAUCGUCCUGAUCGCCCGCUCAUUGUAAAUGCAAAAGCCUGUCCGCUCAGAGCGCUCUUCUCGCCCUUUUCGUUUUGUUCGAUUCCUCGCCCAUAUUUCCGAUUCCGCGCUUCUAUUGACACACCUUUCGGGAACUUUGCUCUCCAUAUCGAUUGUCAUACAUCUUUCUUUUCACAUAAAGAGGUUCACUUUCCAUCAGCGGUUUGCCCUGUGUGGUUUCCCACUUCCCAAAAACUGUCAAAGCCAUAUACUUCAAUCAAUUUGUCACUUGCAGGUCGUCCGCUACAAUUGGAAGCUCAUCUUCAUCCUGAUGACUGUGAUGAUCGUGCUCGGCAUCCUCAUCUGCACGACUUCAGCGUGGGGUCAGUGGCGGACGCCCCAACGGUCCCAUCAACUCUCGCUCCUUCCCGAAUCGUCGACCCUCCGUCUCUGUCGUGAUUUUACGAACGAGACGCGAUUCAAAGAGAUUCUCGCGCCGAUUAUGGUGCCGCGGAUAGUGGAUACUGCUCAGCACCGGCAAGUCGGAGAUGUAAUUACGCGCACUCGACCUUCUUGAACUCUAAUUCGUUUCUUUUUCAGUAUUUGCAAAAAUUCCUGUCCAACUUGGGCUUUGCCACCGAAUGGGACUCGUUCACGGACACAACUCCGUUCGGCUCUCGAAACUUCCGCAACCUCAUCGCCACUUUCGACGACUCCGCACCCCGUCGCCUCGUGCUCGCAUGCCACUACGAUUCAAAGAUUCUUCCCGGACAGGUCAUGAUCGCAGCGACGGAUUCCGCUGUUCCGUGUGCCAUGAUGCUCGACAUUGCCGAGACUCUCGCUUCGUACAUGUACAAACGCGUCGCCCAGAACAUCGGACUUCAGCUCAUUUUCUUCGACGGAGAAGAGGCGUUCCGCGACUGGACUGCGACCGAUUCGCUGUAUGGGUCCAGGUGAGAGGAGUCUGUGGAAUGAUUCGUACUAAAAGCAAGUAGCUUUUAGACACCUAGCCCAAAAGUGGGAACAGAAAUGGUACCCGUCGUCGAGCAGUCUCAAUAACUUCGAACUCAGCAAGGAAAUCGACAGAAUUGUAAGUUUUUCAUCAGAUUUUCGAAAGGAGUUCGUUUUUUUCAGGAUGUCAUGAUGCUGCUCGAUCUGUUGGGAGCUGCGAAUCCAUCGAUCGGAAACACAAUAGGAAUGGGCGCCACCGAUCUGUUCAGCCAACUCGCGGAUGUUGAAUCGAAUCUCCGAUCGACUGGAUGUCUCCGAUCCAUCAGCAGGAACGUGUUCAACAAGCAACUCUCGCUGAACCAAGUCGAAGAUGAUCACAUUCCGUUCCUGAAACGAGGUAAGCGUUGUCACAAGCCCAUUUGGUCCGAACCACGACCGUUUCAGGAGUGCCCAUCCUCCAUCUGAUCACCGUCCCGUUCCCGUCCGUCUGGCACCGUGCUUCCGAUAAUGCGAAUGCUCUCCAUUACCCCACAAUCAAUCACAUGACCGCCGUGAUCCGUGUGUUCGUCGCCAAGUAUCUCGGAAUCGCGCCAGCCUAA